AUGUAUUGGAAAAAUACAUGGUGGGAAGGUACAGUUUAUCCAUCAUGUAGGGAUAUCCUACUACCUGAAGGCAUGAUCAUAUCAAAAGAUACUGGUGGAUUUCCUGUGUCAUUUAUUUCUAAAGCAGUUUACAAACAGAUUUGUUAUGAAGAUAGUGUUCCUGUUAUGAAUACUAAUGUUGGAUUUGUCAUGGAUGAUUUUGCAGCACCGCUACCCAUAAUAUCACUGAGUUGGUAUGAUUAUACACGAAAUUCAUUACGAGGUUCCUUUGCCUACAGUUUUGUAUCUAUUAUUUAUGCAAUAUCCGUUCUGGCAGUUAUCAUUUGGUUUUUGACCAUUUUCGUUUUAACAAACUAUACAAUCAAGCCCUCAUGGUUAUUGAAAACAAGUACCCUGUUAUCGACCGUUUAUAUUCUAGUGGUUGUUAUUAAAUCUAUAGUAAUUUUACAUGGACAACAAAGAGAUGGGUAUCUUCAUGGGACAAAGCUUCUUGAUGGUAUUAAUUCUUACAAACCAAUAAAUAUUAUUGAUCUAAUAGUGGUAUUUUUAUUACAAAUCAACCAAGUACAAAUUAUCAUGAGAAUAUUCCAACGACAAAAGGAUAAAAGAAUGACAUUUUUUGUUGGUCUCAUUGCUUCAUUGACUUCACAAGUGAUUUGGGGAGUGGCCCAGUUUUAUAAUUUUGAUAGAAACAGCGAAGCAGGUGAUAUAUUACCGGCAUUUAUUUACUUGGUCAGAAUAGCAAUGGCGUUAUGCUAUGCUGCUAUAAUCACCGUGUUUGUCAUUUCUAAAAUUCAAGUCAUUCUUGCCAAUAAAAAAAUAUGGUUAUUGACAUUGUUGACCUCGAUUUUGAUAUACAGUCCUGUUGCCUUUUUCAUUGCUGAUGUUUCGAAUGCGUUUGUUUAUGAAUUAUCAGAAAUAUUUUCUGUAGUGAAUUAUGUUAUCGGUGUUGUUAUACCGUGGGAAUGGUGUAAUAAAUUCAAUUUAAUUAUGAAAGCUAAGGAGAAAGAAGGUGUGCUUGGACGGAGAUUUUAUGAGGAUGAAUUGUAUGAAUUGGAUCGAUUUGAAUUGUUUGUUGAAGAGCAGGUUCCUGAUAAUGAUGACGAAGGUGAAAAUGGACGAGAUGACAUAGAGGUUAGGGCACAUGAUGAUGAUGAUGAUGAUGAUAAUGAUCGUGGUAGUGGUGGUGGUGGUGAUGUUAAUGAAGAACAAAAUAGACUAGUUCGAAAUUCUCCUGCCACUGACGAUAUUUGUGCAAGAAAAGAAGACGAAUUGACUGCUGCUGAAAAGUUCAGAAACGCUUUGAGUUAUACCAAGAGAACAUUUUUGACCAUUACUGAUAAUAUUAUUGCUGCUGGUUUUGCAAUUCCCCGAUCAGUAAGUGUUUCUACGCAAUCUUUAACUGGUAAGCCAAAAGAUAGUGUUGCCAGACAUAACAAUGAGAUGCAAGAAGUAGUUCCAGAUUUCAAUCCUGAAAUGUUUGAACAACGAGAGAAUCUCACUAACGAAAAUACAACUGAAUCUUCUACAGUUCAUAACAUUGCUUCAACAAACACCAGUACUAAUAACAAUAGAAGAAGAAACAUCUACGUUUACUCCAGGAGAGAAGUAGUUUUAGAUACGUCUAGUGAUGAUUAA